CGUUUACGAACCACGGAUAGACUGCUGCGAAGGUAACGCAAUUUUCGUCCGGAAAGCAAUAUGAAUGUGUUAGCCGAAACUGACGAUGUGGACAACAACAGUCGAAUUUUGGCCCAAGCGUCGUGCGUUUCCGACAUCAUUGCCUCAUCGGUAGUGCAUGGCAUUGAGAUUGUCGAUGAUGCCCAUUACGAUAUGCGACACGAACAGCGGGGAGUAGCAGUAAUUUUCAAUCAGAUGCAUUUUUUUCAUCAAACCACACGCAAAGGCACCGAUGUGGACUGUGACAACAUGCAGCAAGUGCUGAGCGAUCUGCAGUUUGAGGUGCGCGUGCAUAAGGAUUUAAUGGUGAAUGAAAUAAUGGAAGUGCUCAACGAUCUGGCGGAAGAGAAUCACAAGAACCGCGACUGUUUGCUGGUGGUGAUGAUGACACACGGGCAGGAUAAUGUUUUGCAUGCGAAAGAUCGCACGUUCCGCGUUGAUCGUUUGUGGGAAAAUUUCAUCGGCAAGGCGUGUCCCACGCUGCUUGGCAAACCUAAGCUGUUCUUCAUACAAGCGUGUCGGGGAGAUAACGUGGAUAAAGGUGUUUCUCUGGAGCAGUCUAUCAAACAAGCGGCACGAACGGUUGCAUCAGCCACAGCAAGAGAAUUGCCCCAACCGACCAUACAACCGGGUAGAGCGAAGUCGAUCCAGUAUGCCAUUCCAGCGAUGGCCGAUUUGCUGGUGAUGUACUCCACCUACAAAGGGCAUUAUUCGUGGCGUCACACUAACCGGGGGUCUUGGUUCAUCCGGGCACUAUGCGAUGAACUACGCAUGCACGGCAACAGCAAGCAACUGCUGCAACUAUUGACCGCCGUUUCGCGCAAAGUAGCGUUCGGAUUUCAAUCCGUCGUACCCGGCGACGGCCUUAAGAACAGCAGCAAACAAAUGCCUUGCAUUGUUUCGAUGCUUACGAAAAUUGUUUAUUUUCCUAGGAAAUAACAAAAACUAUCUUGAAAUGAUUGUGAAAUAGAUGAAAUAGGACACUAAAUCAUACCAACAAUUGCAGAGCUAUGUCUAGCAGAUAAUAGGCAAUGUGUCUGAUUCAAGCGACUCUUCAUGAGAGAUCAGAGAUCAAGUUACUAGCUAGAGUUCCAAAACUCGUAAAUGUGAGAUUUGCCAGAAUAAAUACACUCGAAAUCGUGUUGUAUGUAGAACCUUUAUUGCAACUCUUUCUUCACAGGGAAAUAAACAAGCUUCGUUAGCAUCGACACAAUAGAGGGCAUUUGUUUCAUUGCAUUCAUCGUUUCACUCUGCGGAACGUUUGAUUGAUAAUCGUAAGCCACCCUGCGUG